AUGCCAGAACGACUAGCGGAAAUGCUCUUGGAUCUCUGGACUCCAUUAAUAAUAUUAUGGAUUACUCUUCCUCCUUGCAUUUACAUGGCUCCGAUGAAUCAGUCUCAAGUUUUAAUGAGUGGAUCCCCUUUGGAACUAAACAGGCUGAGUGAAGAACAGCGGAUUUUGAACCGCUCCAAAAGAGGCUGGGUUUGGAAUCAAAUGUUUGUCCUGGAAGAGUUUUCUGGACCUGAACCGAUUCUUGUUGGCCGGCUACACACAGACCUGGAUCCUGGGAGCAAAAAAAUCAAGUAUAUCCUAUCAGGUGAUGGAGCUGGGACAAUCUUUCAGAUAAAUGAUAUAACAGGAGAUAUCCAUGCUAUAAAAAGACUUGACCGAGAGGAAAAGGCUGAGUACACCCUAACAGCUCAGGCAGUGGACUGGGAGACGAACAAACCUCUUGAGCCUCCUUCUGAAUUUAUUAUUAAAGUUCAAGACAUCAACGACAAUGCACCGGAGUUUCUUAAUGGACCCUAUCAUGCCACUGUGCCAGAGAUGUCCAUUUUGGGUACGUCUGUCACUAAUGUAACAGCUACCGAUGCUGAUGACCCAGUUUAUGGAAACAGUGCAAAGUUGGUUUAUAGUAUCUUGGAAGGGCAGCCUUAUUUUUCCAUUGAGCCUGAAACAGCAAUUAUAAAAACUGCCCUUCCCAACAUGGACAGAGAAGCCAAGGAGGAGUACCUGGUCGUUAUCCAAGCCAAAGAUAUGGGUGGACACUCCGGAGGCCUGUCUGGGACCACGACACUUACAGUGACCCUUACCGAUGUUAAUGACAAUCCUCCCAAAUUUGCCCAGAGUCUGUAUCACUUCUCAGUACCAGAAGAUGUGCUUCUUGGCACUGCCAUAGGAAGAGUGAAAGCCAAUGAUCAGGAUAUUGGUGAAAAUGCACAGUCAUCAUAUGAUAUCAUUGAUGGCGAUGGAACAGCACUCUUUGAAAUCACUUCUGAUGCCCAGGCCCAGGAUGGCAUUAUAAGACUAAGAAAGCCUCUGGACUUUGAGACCAAAAAAUCCUAUACGCUGAAGGUAGAGGCAGCCAAUGUCCACAUUGACCCACGUUUCAGUGGCAGGGGGCCCUUUAAAGAUACGGCGACGGUCAAAAUUGUUGUGGAGGAUGCUGAUGAGCCUCCUGUCUUCUCUUCACCAACGUACCUCCUCGAAGUUCAUGAAAAUGCUGCUCUAAACUCGGUGAUUGGGCAAGUGACAGCUCGUGACCCUGAUAUCACUGCCAGUCCUAUAAGGUUUUCCAUCGACCGGCACACUGACCUGGAGAGACAAUUCAACAUUAAUGCAGAUGAUGGGAAGAUAACCCUGGCAACGCCACUUGACAGAGAAUUAAGUGUGUGGCACAACAUAACAAUCAUUGCUACCGAAAUUAGGAACCACAGUCAGAUAUCACGAGUGCCUGUUGCUAUUAAAGUGCUGGAUGUCAAUGACAACGCCCCUGAAUUCGCAUCCGAAUAUGAGGCAUUUUUAUGUGAAAAUGGAAAACCCGGCCAAGUCAUUCAAACAGUGAGUGCCAUGGACAAAGAUGAUCCCAAAAACGGACAUUAUUUCUUAUACAGUCUUCUUCCAGAAAUGGUCAACAAUCCGAAUUUUACCAUCAAGAAAAAUGAAGAUAAUUCUCUCAGCAUUUUGGCAAAGCAUAAUGGAUUCAACCGCCAGAAGCAAGAAGUCUAUCUUCUACCCAUCAUAAUCAGUGAUAGUGGGAAUCCUCCUCUGAGCAGCACCAGCACCCUGACCAUCCGGGUCUGUGGCUGCAGCAGUGAUGGUGUUGUCCAGUCUUGUAAUGUUGAAGCUUAUGUACUUCCAAUUGGACUCAGUAUGGGCGCCUUAAUUGCCAUAUUAGCAUGCAUCAUUUUGCUGCUAGUCAUCGUGGUGCUGUUUGUAACUCUGCGGCGACAUAAAAACGAGCCGUUAAUUAUUAAAGACGAUGAAGACGUACGGGAAAACAUUAUUCGCUACGAUGACGAAGGAGGAGGAGAGGAAGAUACGGAGGCUUUUGACAUUGCGACUUUACAAAACCCAGAUGGAAUUAAUGGAUUUUUACCCCGUAAGGAUAUUAAACCAGAUUUGCAGUUUAUGCCAAGGCAAGGGCUUGCUCCAGUUCCGAAUGGUGUUGAUGUCGAUGAAUUUAUAAAUGUGCGGCUGCAUGAGGCAGAUAAUGACCCCACGGCCCCACCAUAUGACUCCAUUCAGAUUUAUGGCUACGAAGGCCGAGGGUCUGUGGCUGGCUCCCUCAGCUCCUUGGAGUCCACCACCUCAGACUCAGACCAGAAUUUUGACUACCUCAGUGACUGGGGUCCCCGCUUUAAGAGACUGGGUGAACUCUACUCUGUUGGUGAAAGUGACAAAGAAACUUGA